AAAAAAAUAGAUAUGAUGUAAUUAAAUACUUGACGUUACAGUUCAGAGUUAGAUUCCUUCUACCUUCAAACCAACCGGUUUAACCACAAGAACUAGCUAACUUGGGAGUUGCAACGCAUAGAUCACCACCAAAAAUUCCCCCACACCGACAUGUCGAGAUCCUCAGCUCUCGUUUACUUAUCAAUACUUUUCCUUCAGACCCAUCUCUCGAUCUCCGUCAACGUUCCGGUUUCUUCGGUGAACGGAGAAAUAGACGCAAUGCUUGACCGGAACGGCGUAGUAGUCGGGGAAGAAGGAGAAGAGAUGAUGCCGUCGGAUAUAAGCCGGAGAGUGAUGAUGAUGCGGAAACAGUACAUAAGCUACGCAACGCUAAGGAGAGACAUGGUUCCUUGUCAGAAGCCAGGCGCUUCCUACUACGCUUGUCGAUCAGGUCAGGCCAAUUCUUACAGCAGAGGAUGCAACAUCAUUACUAGGUGUGCUAGAGACACUAGCGACAUCAAGACCUGAAACAUUCUUUCCGCUUUUCUAAUGAUUUUAAAAUACUCUCUCUCCAAGGAUGAGGCAAGCAAAAUCUUAAUCUGUUUUGUAAUGUUGUUGUUUACAGUAGAAGAAGGUUUAUAUAGUUUUUUAUGUAAUCACUGUUGGAAUAAUUGAUAUCUGUAUUGUUGGAAGUGUUGAGUAGAUUGAUAUAUGGAAGAUUGUGGGCUUUUGUAGGA